CUUUUGCAGAAGCUUCUUUAUCCUUUUUGAAGGAAACUGAUCAAGAAAUGGCCGAGCGACUAACUUCCGCUGCUCUCAAGGCCGCUCGGAUCAGGGCCGAGAUGAAGGCGAAUAAGAUCAACAAGCCCUCCAAGCCGAAGGAUCCCUCGAACCCUAAACCGAGGAAACGCAAGGAGAGGGCCGAGGAGAGGGUCGAGCUGACGGAGAAGGCUCUGGCCAAAGCCCAGCUGAGAAGGAGGCCUCAGCGAAAAAGGCUCGGAAGGAGCCUUCGUUGAGGUGAACAGUCCCCGACCCGACUUUGGAGGGGGAGACACCCACAUUUCGGUUCACCCCUCGGACUUUGAACCUGUCCGGAGUCCGGGACAUGUUCAGGGGACCUCCAACCCUUCUCUGGCCGAGCGCUCUUUGUCCGAGGCGCCCGUCCCCUUUACACAAAUGUCCAAGACGGACAAGAAGAAGAGGAUUUCCGACGCACUGGAGAUCCUAUGCACUCAGACCGACCGGGACCAUAUUAAUGAGGUCAACGGGAGGAAUGAGUCGAGCGAGCUCUUCCGCUCUUGGAUGGACUUUUCCAUCCGAAUGACCAAGGUGGCCGAAGAUCGGCUCGCUCUGGUACAAGAGGUCUCGGAUCUGAAGCAGGCGGCUCGGUCGCAUAUUGAUGAGUUGUACCAGGCCAUGGAGGCCAGGCGCUUAGCCGAGCUACGUCUGGAGGAGGCCAAUUCCAAGAUUGACAAGGGCGAGGCAACGUGGAAGCAAGAGAGGGAGGACUGGAAAGUGGAGAGGGCCAACCUUGCUCUGGCCAAAGAGAAUGCCGAGUCUGCCAAGGCUACGGCCGAGACCAAUCUGGCCAAGGUCGAGGGCGACUUGGAGAGGGUCCAGCUUAAACUCUCCACAACCGAGGCCCAACUCAAAGAGGCUCAGGCGGCCGUCGACCGCUCCCAGGAGGAGUGGUUCAAGGCCUGGCAGGCUUCGGAUGAUUGCACUGAGUUUUGCGCCGAGGUUGGCCAGUCUUCCCACAAGAUGGGCGAGGAUGAGGCCCUUGCCAAGCUCAGGGAGGCACUGGCUGACUCUUCCCCCGAAGCCGACUGGAAUUCCGUCUGGUCGCGCUACCAGGAGAUAGCCGAUGCUGAAGCAGCCGUCAUCAAGGCAAAAAUGGCCGAGGAAAUGAGCUCGGAUGACGAGGAUGAGGAUGAUGAUGACGAAGGCGCUGCUAGCACCGAGCCGCCUCCAGGGAAUGCUGCCGAGCAACCUGAUGCUGGGAACCCUGCUGCUUAUCCUGCUGCCGACCCCACUCCCCAGCUGCCUUAGGAUUUUUUCUAUGUUUUUGCCAUGUUGGCUUUUGCUUUAAUUUUUGCAUCGCUUUCGACUCUGUAUUUUUGUAAACUUUUGGUUGUAUUUUGCAACUCUUGAUCAAUUGGAAUACAACUACU